UAGCGGGAGCGCAUCAAAUUCGUCCGAAAAUAGCACGCUUAUAGAAGGCGUAGGCGAUAAACAUUUUCAUUUUGGCGCGCGUCUCCUCCUCUCCCCGAAAAGGCGGAAAAGCGCCCAAAUCAGCGAGUGGGGAGGCGGCGCAGAUCGGCAAAGCAGCCAUGGACGAGGGGCUGUUCUCCGUGGACAAGUUCACCGGCGGCAGCCAGGUCUACUUCCUGACGCACCUCCACCAGGACCACACCCGCGGCCUCGGCGCGGCGGGCGGGUGGCGCCACGGCCCGCUCUACUGCUCCCCGGUCACGGCGCGCCUCCUCCCCACCCGCUUCCCGGGGGUCGACGCCUCCCUCCUCCGCCCCAUCGCCUCCGGCGACUCCGCCUCCCUCACCAUCUCCUCCCCCACCUCCGGCCGCAUCUUCUCCCUCCACGUCACCGCCAUCCCCGCCCUCCACUGCCCCGGUUCGCUCAUGUACCUCAUCCGCGGCGAUCUCGGAUGCAUGCUUUUCACCGGCGAUUACCGGUGGGAGUUGGGGUGCGAGGAGGCGCGGUACGCGAAGAAGGCGCUGCUCCAGGCGCUUGCCGGGGAUAGCGUGGACGUGCUCUACAUGGACAACACCUACUGCCACCCGUCGCUCAACUUCCCUCCGCGUCGCGUCGUCGCUGAGCAGAUAGUUAAUAUUAUUCAGGCUCAUCCUGAUCAUGAAGUUAUUAUUGGCGUUAACAAUCUUGGAAAAGAAGACCUAUUGCUUCAUAUAUCCAGAGCCUUACAAACGAAGAUUUGGGUCUGGCCCCAGCGCCUACUGACAGUACACCUUCUAGGCAUCGAUGACAAUCGAGAGAUCUUCACCACUGACACCAGCUUGACCAGGAUGCGUGCUGUUCCAAGAUACAGUUUGACCAUUGCGACCCUUGAAGCUUUGAACACGGUAUGUCCAACCAUAGGAAUCAUGCCUUCGGGCAUCCCUUGGCUAUGGAGAAGCAGUGAAGGAAAGGCCAAGGCCAGUGGCAAAUCACCAGCAAAGUCCAUCACAUGCGGAGUGCAAGGGUCAGGCAUAGGAACAAUAGAAACGGAUUAUGAUCCCUUGUCACCACCGAAGCUAUUUGAGAAGCACUCUUAUGCCCUGCCAUACUCCGACCACGCCUGUUUCGCAGAGCUAGAGGAUCUUAUGCAGACGUUGCGUCCGUCAGCGGUCGUAGGAAUCGUGCGCACGCCAUCCUGUUACGCGAAUCCUCGCCAUCAUUUCAGCCAUUUUUUUGGGGAUGAGGUGUGCUCUGACAAGGCACCCGUGGAGAACAGCGGACAUAAUGGAAGCUUGGCACCUAAGAGGAGACCAAGUGGUUCGAGGAGAAGGAUGAUCAAGAUUUCCAGAGCAACGUUUUACAGAAGCAGAGUUACAAGGAAAAGGAAGGAUUUCUGUGGUGCAAGGAUUACAGAACCUGAAGAGCCAAUCUGUGUGCUUUGAGUUAUCUCAACGAGUAAAGUUUUUCUGGUCCUGUGAAGAUUAACUACCUGGAGGCAGAACCUGUCGGUGUCUCCUUUGAGCUAUCUCCGCAAGUAAAUUAUUUGUUGUUCCUGUAAAGAUUAACAACUUGGACUGGGAACCUGUUAGUGCCCCCUUUGAGUUAUCUCCCCAAGUAAAAUAUAUUUGCUCCUGCAAAGUUUGGAAGUAGUGCGGUUGGAAGUGUUCCGAUAAAACUAAACCGGCUUGCUUGUCUGGAUGUUACCUCUGUCUUCUGUUUUCUCAGGAUUCUUUCGUGCUGGCAAGAUCCAUUUCAGACUUGGUUAUGCUGUAUAGUCAAAACUUCUCAGAACUCUGUUGUGUUGACAAGACCCCGAGAAGAACAACGAUAAUCAAGAUUUCCGCUUCAACAGUGUGCAGAAGCACAGUUAUAAUGAAAAGGAAGGGUACCUCUGAUGCAAGGCUCGAAGAACCUGAAGAGCCUAUCAGUGUCCCUUGAGCUAUCUCCACGAGUAAAGUUUAGGUGGUCCUGUGAAGAUUAACAACUUGGAUGAAGAACCUGUUAGUUCGUCUUCAGUGAUCCCCUCAAGUAAAUUAUUUUUCUCCUGUAUAGUUUUGAAGUAGUGGGGACCAUCUGUUUUCUCAGAACUCUGUUGUGUUGGCACUUGGCAAUAUGCAUUGCAGACUCGGUUACGCUGCAUAUUGUUUCUUUUUU